GAAAUGGGACCUCGAUUUAUACGGUCUCAUCCGAAAGACAGGUCUCCACGUCCCACAGUAGGAUUCGAACCCGCGACGUAAGGGUCAACUCCUUACUUCACGACUCUAGAGCAGACGCUCUAACCACGAUGAAAUUUUGUAAAGUAAUAAAUUCAUUUAUGAAAAAUAAGAUAAAACUUUCUAGAUUGUGAAAAUAUCUUAAAUAUUCAGUACUCUUAAUUACUAUAAAUUAAUGUUUAAUUACUUUAAUAACCCUUUCCCUGUUCUGAUUUUAUAAAUAGAAUAUGCAUUGUAUUAUUAUCGAAGGUCGCACGCCCUUAAUUCGCAUUGAAUUUUCUUAUCUUUGUCAUACAUUGUGCUCUUUACUGGAUAUUGUGAACAGGAUGAUUUUCAUCUACUUGUAUGUUUUCAUCUCUCUGUUUGCCUUUUCUCAGGUAUGUUGCAAAGAAUUUACAAUAGAGCCUUUAGAGGAGAAAGUGGCAAAUUUGGAAGAUCUAACGAUGAAGUUGUUGAAAAAGUUGGAAAUGGCAGAAAACGAUAUCCAAAGCUUGACCACUGAAAAUGUCCAGAUCAGGAAAGAACUGCAGGAUACACGCCUACGGCUAGAGAUACUGGAAAAACAAGAUGAGGCUUCAAAGAUUCCAUACCCAAAGCUUCUUAUGAAAACCUCAAAAGCAAACGAAUCUUCUGAUGACACAAAAACACAAGACGAGAAUCAUGACAAUACUAGAAUGAAGGCUGGACUUAACAAAAGACUACUGGAAGGGAACAUGAUCCAUACAACAACACCACCACUAACGAAAGGAAGAGUCGGUUUCAUGGCAGUCACUACAGAUCAUCAAACGCAUAUGGGAGCAAACCAGAUUGUCCUCUUCCCUAAAGUCAUAGAAAAUGUAGGCAGUGGACUUGAUCCACAUUCUAGCAUUUUUAAGGCACCAGUAUCCGGACUGUACAUUUUCAGUGCUACCAUACUUAAUCACGCUGGAGAAACAGUUAGAUGUGCGAUUGUGAAGAAUAGUCAGAUUAUUGCGUAUAUAUUUAGCGGUGACAGUACUACCCACUCAUCUGGGUCCAAAACUGCUCUUCUCAGUCUGAACGUUGGUGAUGAUGUAUGGAUCAAAAUACAUGAGGCAUUCUCUGAUGUGCAUGUUCAUGGAUAUGCCUGGUCUUCAUUUAUGGGAGUUCUUGUAUCCUAAAUAAAAUUCUCUUAGAUUUA